GUUCCUGUGAAGAGAGGAAAAGAGACAGAGGUGGUGGUUCUUCAGAUCUUAGAGGUUAUGGACAUGGUGGUGGAAACCAAACUCAAAACUCAACAGAGAAGCAGCCAGAAUGGCCGGGAGACAAGCCUGUGGUCCUCAGGCUUUGGGAUGAAGCUGGAGGCUGUCACCCCAUUCCUGGGGAAGUAUCGCCCCUUUGUAGGCCGUUGCUGCCAGACCUGCACUCCGAAGAGCUGGGAGUCCCUCUUCCACAGAAGCAUAAUGGACCUAGGCUUCUGCAAUGUGAUCAUGGUGAAGGAGGAGAACACCAGGUUUCGGGGUUGGCUAGUUCGGAGGCUCUGCUAUUUCUUGUGGUCAAUGGAGCAACACAUACCCCCCUGCCAGGAUGCCCCACAGAAGAUCAUGGAAAGCACUGGGGUGCAGAAUGUCAUUUCAGGGAGGGCUCCAGGAGGGGCUGGAGAAGGCCAGGUGCCUGCUCUUGUGAAGAAAGAGGUGCAGCGCAUCCUGGGUCACAUUCAGGCCCCACUCCAAUCCUUCUUGUUCAGGAUCUUCAGCUGGGCACUACUGCGGAUUCUGAACUGCCUCUUCUUGAAUGUGCAGCUCCACAAGGGCCAAAUGAAGAUGGUCCACAAAGCAGCACAGGCGGGCUCACCACUCAUCCUCCUCUCUACGCACAAGUCACUCUUGGAUGGAAUCCUGCUGCCCUUUGUUCUGCUCUCCCAGGGCCUGGGCGUGCUUCGUGUGGCUUGGGACCCCCGUUUCUUCUCCCCUACUCUCAGGGCUCUGCUGAGAAAGCUCGGGGGGCUUUUCCUGCCUCUAGAGGCCAACUUCUCACUGGACAGUCCUGAAGGGGCCCUUGCAAGGGCUGUGGUCCAUGCGGCUAUGGAGCAGCUGCUACUCAGCAGGCAACCCCUACUCAUCUUCCUUGAGGAACCCCCUUGGGCCCAGGGGCCACGGCUAUCAGCUCUGGGUCAGGCCUGGCUGGGACUGGUGGUCCAGGCAGUCCAGCUGGGCAUUGUUCCAGAUGCUAUGCUGGUACCAGUGGCUAUCACCUAUGACCUUGUUCCAAAUGCACCCCGUGGUGCACACCAUGCCUCUGCCCCUCUGGGGCUGUGGACUGCAGCAUUUGCUGUUUUGCGGAGCCUGCGAGGCUGGGGCUGCAGCCACCGGGCCUGUGUCCGUGUGCACCUGGCCCAGCCCUUCUCACUGCAGGAAUAUACCAUCAAUGCCAGAAGCUGCUGGGGCAGCAGGCAGACCUUGGAGCAACUACUGCAGCCCAUUGUGCUGGGCCAAUGUAAUGUCGUCCCAGACACUGAAAAGGAGCAGGAGUGGACUCCAGUAACCGGGCCCCUUCUGGACUUCAAGGAAGAGGACCAGCUUCUGGUCAGAAGGCUGAGUCGUCAUGUGCUGAAUGCCAGCGUAGCCAGCUCAGCAGUCAUGAGCACAACUAUUAUGGCAACACUGCUGCUGUUCAAGCACCAGAAGGGCGUGUACCUGUCACGACUCCUGGGGGAGUUCUCCUGGCUGGCAGAGGAGACACUGUUGCGUGGCUUUGACGUGGGAUUCUCAGGACAGUUACGGUGCCUGGUGCAGCACACGCUGAGCCUGCUGCGGGAGCACGUGACGCUGCUGCGUGUCCACCAGGGAGACUUGCUGGUGGUCCCACGGCCUGGUCCAGGCAUCACACAUCUAGCACGUCUGAGUGCAGAGCUGCUGCCUGCCUUCUUGAGUGAAGCAGUUGGUGCCUGUGCUGUGCGAGGGCUGUUGGCAGGCAGAGUGCCCCCUGAGGGGCCCUGGGAGCUGCAGGGCAUUGAGCUUCUGAGCCAGAGUGAGCUGUACCGCCAGAUCCUGCUGCUGAUGCACCUGCUGCCACAGGAUCUGCUACUGCUCCAGCCCUGUCAGUCUUCCUAUUGCUACUGUCAGGAGGUGCUGGACCGGCUCAUUCAGUGUGGGCUCCUGGUUGCUGAAGAGACCCCAGGUUCCCGGCCAGCCUGUGACACAGGGCGUCAGCGUUUAAGUGCAAAACUUUUGUGGAAACCGAGUGGUGACUUUACUGAUAGUGACAGUGAUGACUUUGAGGAGGCUGAAGGCCGGUAUUUCAGGCUCAGCCAGCAGUCACGCUGCCCAGACUUCUUCCUCUUCCUCUGCCGCCUGCUCAGCCCAAUACUCAAGGCCUUUGCACAAGCUGCUACCUUCCUCCACCAGGGGCAGCUACCUGACACUGAGUCUGGCUAUGUGGAGCAGCUGUUCCAGUUUCUGCAGGCCACUGCCCAGGAGGAUGGUUUUUUUGAAUGUGCAGACCCAAAUCUUGCCAUCAGUGCUAUCUGGACCUUCAGAGACUUGGGGGUGCUGCAGUGUACACCUAGCCCUGAAGGCCCUAUGCUCCAACUGUCUCCUAUAUUUGCCAGCCGUGAAAAUCAAGAAAAACUGGAACAGUUCAUUCAGCAAUUCAUUUGUAACUAGAACUGUGAGAUGGAAUCUGCGCAGAGACUUCUCAGCCCCAUGCCCAGGACCCAGAAGAUCAGAAGGCAGGAGUGCAUCCUUAGUUGGGCUAUAAAAUCUUUUGAGAUUUGA